AUAUACAGGAAGCCCUUUCGUGAAGGGUCGUUGCUUUAUUACAAGUUGCCCUUACUACAGGGAGGUUCCUUUGGUCUUUUGAUAGAGCAGAAGGUUCUUCAAACGCGGUUUUAAUCGUUUUUAAAAGUAAAACAAAAGUCCGCGGUAUUUUUAAGGAUUAUUGGAAUAGGUCACAUGCUCACUCCAAUCGCUUUGACAAACUAGUUUAGAAAAAUGAGUGGAAUUGUCAAAACAACCGAUAGAUGGCAAUGAUGCCCUCCAAUUUACUGUUUGGUCCGCCAUUACCGAAAUAAAUAUGCUAAAGUUAGGAUACGUUUGUUAAUAAGAUAUGAGAAUUACGUCACAUUGAUGGGAAUUUACUUAAUAUUUUAUUAUCCAAGUUGCAUUCAUGGCAGAUUUAGCGUAGAAGGGAGUUAGAACCUAUCCGAGUAAUUCAUAGAGAAUUUUACCUUCACUGGUGUGCGUUUUCAGAGAUGAACUUGGAUUCGGUUCUCCUACUUGAGGCAGUUCACUUCGCCGCUGAGAAACACAAGUCCCAGCGACGUAAAGACGCUGAAGCCACCCCUUACAUCAACCACCCAAUCGGUGUUGCAAGAAUUUUAGCUUAUGAAGGUGGAAUCACGGACAUUGCCAUAUUACAGGCAGCCCUACUUCAUGAUACAGUGGAAGACACAGAGACUAGCAUUGAUGAGUUAGAUGGAAAGUUUGGAGCAACAGUGGCAAGGAUUGUUCAAGAAGUAACAGAUGACAAGAUGCUGCCCAAACAGGAGAGGAAGCAACAGCAAAUCUUGAAAGCACCACUGUGUAGUCACCAAGCCAAACUUGUGAAAUUGGCAGACAAGCUAUAUAAUUUAAGAGAUCUCAACCGAAGCACUCCUGUAGGAUGGUCUGAGCAGCGUGUUCAGGAGUAUUUUAUAUGGGCAGCCCAGGUGAUAAAAGGUUUGCGAGGAACCAGUGCAACACUUGAAGAAAAACUGAAUCAACUUUUUAAAGAGCGAGGAAUUGAGAUGUAAUUUCCAAAAACUGAGACUACUGCUAGCAACAAAAGAGGAAAUAGAAAAGUUCACAACAGUGUCUAUAAGUUCAUAAUCCUUUUCAAUAAAUAGUGUUAAAUUAGUGCCUUGUGAUGAUUUAUUAUAUGAAAAUUACUGUAUAAAAUAAAGAUUAAAUGAAUUCAAUUCUAAUUUUA